AUGAUUAUCUCCAAUCAAACAGUUACGAACAUCUCAGAGUUCAUAGUGAAUGGCUUUUCAGGCAUCCAGGACCAGCGAUCACAGAAUAUCCUCUUUGCGUUCUUCCUGAUAACCUACGUUCUAACACUUUUUGGAAACGUGUCAAUAUUAAUUGUAAUUAAGUUCGAUAAAUCUCUUCAUACACCAAUGUACACUCUUAUUGGCACUUUAGCUUUUUUAGACUUAUGUAUUCCUUCAGUUACUGUACCCAAAAUAUUAACCAAUUUAAUGUUUCGCACCAAAAGUAUUGAAUUCGGAGCCUGCUUCACCCAAAUGGUUUUUUAUCUGGGUGUAGGAUCAGCUGAAUCCUUUCUAUUAAUGGUAAUGGCUUAUGACCGUUAUGUGGCUGUAUGCGAUCCACUACAUUACUCAACAAUAAUGAGUAACAGACACUUAAUCAAAUUACACAUAUUAUGUUGGGUAGGCGGUAUGAUGGUGCCGAUGUUACCAUUGUAUUUGGCAGUAAGAUUACCGUUUUGUGGACCAAAUGUUGUAUUACACGCCUUUUGUGACUACUCUGCUGUGGUCAGGCUAGCCUGUGCAAAUGUCACUUUAAAUGCCAUAGUUUCUAUGACUAUAGCUAUGUCAGUGUUGUUAAUUCCUUUAGCUUUCAUAUUUUUUUCCUAUAUCAAAAUCAUUAUUUCCGUUAUAAAGGUGGCCAGUUCGGAAGGGAGGAAAAAAGCUUUCUCUACUUGCGCCUCUCACCUUUUAGUAAUUCUCGUUUUCUACCUUGUUGCAGUUUUUGUCUUUAUUACCUACAGAAUCCAGGGCUUUUCUGACGAUGUUCGUAUUAUGGCUGCAGUACUACAGAACGUGAUACCCCCUUUGGUGAACCCGAUUAUCUACUGCCUUAAAACCAGGGACAUCAGGAAAAGCUUUCUGAAAUUUAUUCGAAAGCAGGUUUCUGUAGAAACACUUUGA